ACAUUUUCGUGGCGAAUGUCCUGUCUUUUUGAGCUGCCCGUGGGCGAGGCAGGGCGGGCAUGUCUCGUUGGCGCUCGGUGCGUGCAGUGCCGGGAGGAGGCUGCGGGCGCCGCUGUUGACCGAGAGGAGCGAGAGGAAGGUGGAGCGCUGCAGCCCCGCCCGCUGCGGCCCGGCUCGAUCGCUGGAUCGCUGGAUUCCUGGAUCGGGAAGCGGUUCGUUUUCGAUAUUCUCCGCGGUGAGGAUCCGAGCUCCAGCGAGGCGGAGGGGCGGGCGGCGGAGGCCGGGAGCGGCAAGUCGGAGCCAGAGAGAAAGCCGGAUCGGGUGACGGCGGCGGGGAUCUGCCGGCGGUGUUGCGGUGCCGGCGGUGCGGCGGCGGAGAUGUGCGCGGCGGGGAGGCGCUGGGGCCGGCGGCAGCGAGUGCUGCUGUGGGGCGUCCUGCUGGCGGCCUGGGAGGCGGCGUGGGGGCAGCUGCGCUACUCGGUGCCCGAGGAGAUGCCCAAGGGCUCGUUCGUGGGCGACGUGGCCAAGGACCUGGGGCUGCAGAUGCCGACUCUGCGAGAUGGCGGUGUGCGCCUCUUGGACAAAGGCAGGACGCAGUAUUUUGCUGUGCACAGCAAGACGGGACAUUUAGUGACGGCCGAGAGGAUCGACAGAGAGCAGCUGUGCGAGAGUGUGGAGCAAUGCGUGCUGCGCUGUGAGCUGAUAGUGGAGGGGGAAAUGAAGGUUUACGGAAUCCAAGUGGAAAUCACGGACAUUAACGACAACGCCCCCAGCUUCCGAGAGACAGAAAUGGAGCUGAGAAUGAGCGAGACGACAGUCCCAGGAUCGCGGUUUCCCCUCCCAGACGCUCACGAUCCGGACUCUGGACAGAAUUCCCUGCAGAGCUACGAGCUGAGCGGCGACGAGCACUUCUCGCUGGCCGUGCAGACGGGCCCCGGCGGGGAUCAGCGUCCCGAGCUGGUGCUGGCGAAGGGGCUGGACCGGGAGGAGGCGGCGUUUCACGAGCUGGUGCUGAGGGCGAGCGACGGCGGCGAGCCGUCCCGGACGGGCACGGCGCGGAUCCGCGUGACGGUGCUGGACGCGAACGACAACGCGCCCGUGUUCAGCCAGGCGGAGUACACGGUGCGUGUGCCGGAGGACGUGCCCGUGGGCUCCACCCUCGUCACCGUGACGGCCACCGAUGCCGACGAGGGUCUGAACGGGCACGUGAAAUAUUCGUUUAAGAAAAUAAAAGAAAAAGAGUCGCAGAUUUUCCAGCUAGAUGCUGAGACAGGAGCGAUCACACUGUUGCGAAGCCUGGACUUCGAGGAAGGCGAUUACUACGAACUGGAGGUGCAGGCACAUGAUGGUGGAGCUCUCUUCGACACAGCUAAAGUCGUAGUCACCGUGACAGAUGUGAACGACAACGCUCCUGAACUUAUAGUUUCGUCGGCGCUGAGUGAGAUCUCGGAGGAUGCCCCGACGGGGACGGUGGUGGCCCUGCUGCACGUGCACGACCGAGACUCGGGGGCCAAUGGCGAGGUGCGUUGCUCGCUCGACGGGAGCCACCCGUUCCGACUGGAGAAAUCCUUUGAGGACUACUACCGCGUGGUGACAGCGAGAGAGCUGGACCGGGAGCAGGAGUCGGAGUACAACGUGACAGUGCGGGCGGCCGACGGCGGUGGUCCGUCGCUGCAGAGCAGCAGGGUGCUGUGUCUGCGGGUGCUGGACGUGAACGACAACGCGCCGGUGUUCUCGCAGGAGCGCUACAGCGCUCGGCUGUCGGAGAACAACGUGGCGGGCGCGCUGGUGCUGCGGGUGCGGGCGACGGACUCGGACUGGGGGGAGAACGCGCGCGUGCGGUACCGUCUGGGGGAGGGUGGUGUGCGGGGCUGGCCGCUGUCGUCGUACGUGUCGGUGCAGGCGGAGACGGGCGCGCUGUACGCGCUGCGCUCGUUCGAUUACGAGGAGGUGCGCGGGGUGGGGCUGUGGGUUUGGGCGGAGGACGGCGGCUCGCCGGCGCUGAGCAGCAACGUGUCGGUGCGGCUGGUGAUCGUGGACGAGAACGACAACGCGCCGCAGGUGCUGUACCCGCCGGCGGCUUUGUCGGGCUCGGUGUGGUCGGGCGUGGAGCUGGCGGCGCGGUCGAGCGAGGCCGGCGCGCUGGUGGCCAAGGUGGUGGCGGUGGACGCGGACGCGGGUCAGAACGCGUGGCUGUCGUACGAGCUGGCGAAGGCGACGGAGCCGGGGCUGUUCCGCGUGGGGCUGCACAGCGGCGAGGUGCGCACGGCGCGCUCGCCACUGGCCCGCGACGCGUCGCGGCAGAGCCUGGUGGUGCUGGUGAAGGACCACGGGCGGCCGGCGCUGUCGGCCACGGCCACGCUGAGCGUGGUGCUGGCCGAGAGCGUGGCCGAGCUGCUGGCCGAGCUGGGCAGCGCGGCGCGGGCGGAGGCGGAGGCGGGGGCGGGCGAGGCGGGCGGCAGCCUGACGCGCUGGCUGGUGCUGGCCGUGGCCGCCGUGUCGUGCCUGUUCCUCGCCUUCCUGCUGCUGCUGCUGGCGCUGCGCCUGCGGCGCUGGCGGCGCUCGCAGCAGCAGCUGCUGGCGGCGGGCAGCGGCGCCUUGCGCGGCGUGCCGGCCACGCACUUCGUGGGCAUCGACGGCGUGCGCGCCUUCCUGCACUCCUACUCGCACGACGUGUCUCUCACGGCCGACUCGCGCAAGAGCCACCUCCGCUUCUCGGCCGACAGCUGCUGCGCCACCCUGCCGGCCCGGCCGCCGCCCGACGAGCCCGCGCCGCUGCUCGGAGACGAGGAACCUGCCGGUGCCCAGCAGGCGGACCCCGCCCCUCUCUCGGCAAGAGGUUCUGCGCUUGCUGAUAAUAAUAGAACAGAGACCCCAGGGCCGUUGCAGCCCCAUCCGGGGCCAAAGUUGUUCCCCGCCGAGCGCGGCCGUGAGGCGGCUGCAGUGUUGUGUCGGCGCCUCCGGGUGCCGCUGUUGGGCCGCCGGCGAGCGUUGCUGGAGCCGCCGCCGCCGCCGCCUGUGCGUGCUGUCCCCGCAGGCUGCUGGCUCGGGCGGGCAGUGCGGGCCAGAGCGGCAGCGGCACGGGCAGCAGAGGCGAGAGGCGGCGCGGGCAGCAGAGGCGUGCGAGUGGGAGGCGGCGGCGGUCCGGGUUUGCUUUGUCGGGCGCUGCUGUGGCUGCGCCGAGCGGCUGCGAGGGAGGCGGGGCGGCGGCAGGAGCCUGGCGAGCUCGGCGAGCGAGCGCUGUGGGCGAUGUCGGGCGGGCGGAGGCCGAGCGGCGGGCCGGGCGGCGGGCGAGCGGCGGUGCUGGGCGCUGUGCUGCUGUGGCUGUGCUGGCGGGCGGCGGCGGAGCGGCUCCGCUACUCCAUGGCCGAGGAGCUGCCCAGAGGCUCGCUGGUGGGGCCGCUGGCCCGGGACCUGGGGCUCAGCGCCGACGACCUGCCGGCGCGCAAGCUGCGGGUGGCGUCUGCCGGCAAAAAGCAGCUGAAAUACUUCUCGGUGAGCGAGACAAACGGGAACCUGUACGUGAGCGAGAGGCUGGACCGGGAGGAGCUGUGCGGCGAGUCGUUGUCCUGCUCGAUCAGCUUCGAGGCGCUGGUGCACAACCCGCUCAACGUCUUCCGUGUCGAAGUGGCCAUUGAGGACGUGAAUGACAACUCCCCGGUCUUCAGCAAGGAUGCCCUGGACCUCGAGAUCGGUGAAUUAAUUCCUCCCGGUACUCGUUUUCCUCUGGAGAUGGCCCGAGAUGCGGACGUGGGAAGUAAUUCCCUGAUUAUUUAUCAACUCAGCAGCAACCCAUCCUUCAGUCUGGCCGUGAAGGAGAUCACGAGUGGAAAGAAGCAGCCGGAAUUAGUGCUGGAGAAAGCGUUGGACCGGGAGAAGCAGAGCUCCUUUGAGCUGGUGCUGACGGCAGUGGACGGCGGGGACCCCGCGAGGUCCGGGACUGUCCAGGUUCGUGUCAACGUGACGGACGCCAACGACAACCCGCCCGUGUUCAGCAAAAACGUCUACGAGGCGCGAGUGGUGGAGAAUCUGCCGGCAGGUUCGCUGGUGCUGCAGGUACGGGCCACGGAUGCGGACGCGGGGUCCAAUGGGCGGGUCUCCUACUCCUUUGGCAACGUCCCGGCCGGGAUCCGCGAGUUGUUCUAUGUCGACAGCGAGAGCGGCGAGAUCAGCACCGAGGGGCCCCUCGAUUUCGAGGAGACGAAUAUAUAUAGGUUCGCUCUAGAAGCGAGGGACGGGGGCGGACUCACGGGACAUUGUGAAGUGCAGAUAGACGUCACAGACGAGAACGACAACGCACCCGAGAUCACCCUUCUGUCACUGUCGAGCCCCGUACCUGAGGACGCGCCGGUCGGCACCGUGGUGGCCCUGCUGAACGUGAACGACCCGGACUCCGGUGAGAACGGUGAGGUGUCGUGCGAGCUGUCGGGAGAGGCGCCGCUGUCGAUCGUGGCGUCGUCGGGCGGCUCUUACAAGGUGGUGACGGCGAGCGCGCUGGACCGCGAGCAGGCGUCCGAGCACCGCGUGACGGUGGUGGCCCGGGACCGGGGCAGCCCGGCUCUGUGGAGCAGCAGGGAGCUGUUGCUGGAGGUGUCGGACGUGAACGACAACGCGCCGGUGUUCGAGGAGGCGUCGUACAGCGCGUACGUGCGGGAGAACAACGCGGUGGGCGCGCUGGUGUUGCGCGUUGUGGCUCGGGACUUGGACGCGGGCGCGAACGGGCGCGUGAGCUACUGGCUGUCGGGCGGCAGCGCGGGCGCGGCGGGCGCGGCGCCGCUGGUGUCGGUGGAGGCGCGGAGCGGCGCGGUGUACGCGCAGCGCUCGUUGGACUACGAGCAGUGCCGCGAGUUCUUGGUGGCCGUGCGGGCGCAGGACGGCGGGUCGCCGGCGCGCAGCUCGACGGCCACGGUGCGCGUCUUCGUGCUCGACCAGAACGACAACGCGCCGCGGGUACUCUACCCGCCCCCGCCGGCGGCGUCGGGCUCGGUGGGUUCGGCUUUCGAGGUGGUGCCGCGUUCGGCGUCGUCCGGGUACCUGGUGGGCAAGGUGGUGGCGGUGGACGCGGACGCGGGGCGCAACGCGUGGCUGUCGUACGAGCUGGUGCAGGCGUCGGAGCCGGCGCUGUUCCGCGUGGGGCUGCACAGCGGCGAGGUGCGCACGGCGCGGGCCGUGUCGGAGAGGGACGCGGCCAAGCAGCGCGUGGUGGCCGUGGUGAAGGACCACGGCGAGCCGGCGCUGUCGGCCACGGCCACGCUGCACGUGGUGCUGGCCGAGAGCUUGCAGGAGGCGCUGCCGGAGCUGAGCGAGCGGGCGGCGGGCGCCGAGGCGGCGGGCGAGCUGCAGUUCUAUCUGGUGCUGGCGCUGGCGCUGCUGUCGGCGCUGUUGGUGCUGAGCGUGGCGCUGGCCGUGCUGGCGCGGCUGCGGCGGGCCGGGCCGCCCGGCGUGCUGCGCUGCCUGGGCGCGCAGCGCUUGUCGCUGGCCGGCGCCGCCUUCCCGGCCGACUUCUGCGAGGGCACCUUGCCCUACUCCUACAACCUGUGCGUGGCGGCGCCGCCCCGCUUGGCCGCCGAGGCCGCUUGGCCGCCGCCGCCGCUGCCCAUCGUGCCCGCGGAGGAGCUUGUGGCCGGGGCGCCCUGCGAGAAGCCGAGCCCGAGCAGCAGCGCCGUCCUGGGAGAGCCGCCUGCCGACCCCGACGCACCUCAGCAAGCUCAGCCCAACACAGACUGGCGCUUCUCUCAGACCCAGAGACCUGGAACAAGUGGCUCCCAGAAUGGAGAGGAAGCUGGAGCCUGGCCCAACAACCAGUUUGACACGGAGGUGCUCCAAGCCAUGAUCCUGGCUUCAGCAAACGAAGCUGCUGAUGGCAACUCGACCCUGGGCGGCGGGAAUGGCACGAUGGGGCUGAGCGCCCGCUACGGCCCCCAGUUCACCCUGCAGCACGUCCCCGACUACCGGCAGAACGUUUACAUCCCGGGCAGCAACGCCACCCUCACCAACGCCGCCGGCAAGCGCGACGCCAAGAACGCCGCCCCCGCCGCGGGCAACAAGAAGAAAUCCGGGAAGAAGGAGAAGAAGUAGAGAAGAAGAAGAAGGAGACCUUAGAGCUACAGGGCAGCCGGCUCCAGCACUCCCCCCCCAAAAAAAACCCCACAGCCCAGGCCGGAGGACGAAUGUGAAUUUUUUAUUUUUUUUUUAUUCUUUUUUUUUUGUGAUGCAAAAGUAGGAAAUGCUGCGAAUGUAUCUGGUCAUCAUCAGGUCUGGGAGCAGGGACUCGCUGCUCUUAGACCUCGUGAUGGAAACCAAUCUGGAAGCUCAACCGAACACAAACAAGUGCCCUGUGAAUAAUGUUUUAUACGAUCCCUCGGGUGUUAGAAUAUGCAAGGGCGGAAGGUCUUUUGCCACGUCUUUGGAUCCGAUUUGCUCCCAGGUAGUCCGAGGCUUUGUGCUCGGCUUUGCCCAAUGUAAAUAAUUUUAACGUGGAUCUUUUAAUUUAUGUAGCCCUUCAAUCAUUUUUUGUUUGGAAUGGAAAAGGAAGUUCUUAGCUUAGAGCCCACGCUCCAGUUCUUCGCUCUUAAAUUUUCCAUUCAUAAAAUUCACCCCACCCCAUCCCCCCCCGCCCUGCCCCAGAUAAUGAUAGUGAUGGAUUUUGGAAUUUGGAAGUUGGUAGGGAGUGCUUCAGUUCCUGCUUACCUGUCACCCAGAAAAAAAACAACAAGUGUUUAUAUUGCAUGAAUCAAAGGGAAUAUGGCAAAGCUGCAUCCUAAACAUUUUUUUUUUGUUUGUUUGGUUUUUUUUUUUAAAGUGUAACCACUAAUGGCCUGAAAUAUGAGAAAGUAAAAAGCCCUCCCGAUGUCUGAGAGGCAGGGAAUUGGAUAAAAGGAGCGUUGCCGAGGUGUGCGGCAGCUGCCCCGGCGGUUCUAGGGGUCUCCGAAGAGCAGACACAUCUCAAACCUUCUUUGCAGUAAAUAUUUAUAUGUACAGUCGAUGUUCUUAUGGAAUUAAGGCUAAGAGAGCCUCGCUCCCCUGCGGCCAGGCGGGUGCCCGGCCGGGUCCCCCGCCCGAGGGGACACCCGGGGACGACGCUUCCCGUCUCUGCACAGUGUCUGCAUGCACGUCCCUCACCUCCCACCUGCACUAGCGCAGUAGCUCCACACGGACCCGGAGGAGUCCUCGCAUGCCCACGCAGCGUGGUGUGAACGCGCCGGCAGCCGCCCGAGCCCCCGCGCCGGGGCUGCCUCGGGGGGAAGGGGUGGGAGGGGGUGGGGUGGGUCAGGCGGGGUGGGGAAACUCCUUGCUUCUUAUUUGGGCCCCAAAAGGUAAUUUGGGGUGAUAGGGCAGUUUUUUAUAAGGCGGUUGUUUCGGGGGGGUCUCGCCCGAAGGGGCGGGAUCCGCAGAGCUGCCCGUGCAUGGCUUUGGUGCAGAGUUGGUGAUUGAGUAAGUGAUGGUUGUUUUGGUGGCGUUUGGGGACCAGAUUCAGAGAAGGGACCCAAAAGCAGGGGGUGAUGCUGCAAAACUGGGGGCAAUAACUGAGGGAGUGUCGAAUGGGACCGUGUAGGGCCAGCCUGGAAGAAGUGAUGCUCCCGCUGGCUUUGGGCUUUCCACCCCACGGAGAGAAUCAAAGGAUGAGGAAUAGAGUUUCUCCACACGCCCAUCAUCCUUGCACCAGGCCAGCUUCCCAUAGCAAAGCAGCUCUGAGCCCUCCAGGGAGGCAGAGGGGGGCUUUGUGUAGCCAGAGUGAGGAGAGGGGCUGUGGGGUGGCCAGGAAGGGGCCGCACCGAGUUUCCCAGGGGGUGUGUGUUGUUUUUUUCCUUUUUUAAUCACUAACACGUAACUCACCUGAGCAGAUCCAGCCCUCUCAGCCAGGCUCACCCUACCCCAGCCCCCUCCCCAAACCCAGGGCAGCAGGAGCAUCCUCCGUGUCUCAUCCGGAUCCAGCCACCUCCAGCUCUGGCUGCACUGGGAGCGGUUCCCACCCUGUCCCCUGCAGCUGCCACCUGCCCCCCCUUCCCUCUAGAAAUGCUGUAGCUGAAUCGUAGUCUUUAUAUUUUCUUUUUAAUCUGCAAUCUGAGGUAGCGUAGUGAGUGUUGUGUAUUUAGUGGUGUGUUAUUUUUAAUUGCAGUAACUAACUUGUGGACAUCAGUAUUUUCAAUUUUCUCUGUAUCUUCUUUCCAUGUGGUCUGUGCUCCGAGUGUACGUGAAAUGAAAACACGUUUGCCCUUUCAAUGUGUCUAAUAUUGAAUUAUACUUAUAUAUUAUAUAUAUGCUUAUAUCCUUCUUAUACCCAUAUAGACCAAUGUCGAUGUGUUACACGCAAGUUUUAUACUCUAAUAUUUAUAUUGCUUUUUUUCUUUGGGAAAAAAAAAUAAUAAAAUGGUUUCUUCUGAAUAA